AUGAGUUUCGAGGUGCAGGAGAUUCAAGUGAUAGAGAUGAAAAUGCUGGAUAAAAGAAAAUAUUAUCCGCUUACCCUUGUUAGUGGAUUAGCUGUACGGAGCUUGAUGUAUCCGUUUAUGCUGAUCAAGACUCGGCUACAGAUUCAGAAAGGGAACACAGUUUACCGAGGAACUUUUGAUGCAUUUGUGAAAAUUUCUGUCAAUGAGGGCAGGGCUGGUCUUUACCGUGGAUUUUGGGUGUCAUGUUUGCAGCUUUUCCCUACCGUGGCUUAUGUAUCUUCAUACGAGUGGACACGGCAUUAUAUGUCUGAACACUUUGGCAUACACGAUAACAGACUUCGAUCUUUCUUUGGUGGUGGGCUGGCUUCCACUAUUGCACAAACCAUUGCUGUGCCUCUUGAUAUUGUUACUCAACACCUGAUGUUGAUUGGUGGACGGGGCAGCUCAAAAGUUCUGCUUUCCAAUAUGGCUCCUGUAUACAUUCCUCGUCUGGCAAUACAAGUAGUUGCAGCUCCACUGGGUGGUGUUUCAGCCGCAGUUAUCACCAACCCUAUUGAUGUCAUCAGAGCCAGAAUACAAGUGGAAGGAACCUACUUUAAGGAGACAGUCCAGUUGUUGUGGAAAGAAGAAGGCUUGUGGAUGGUAACCAAGGGUCUCUCAGCCCGACUGGUCCAGUCAAUUCCUUUGUCAUUUUUUGUCAUACUCGGGUACGAGACAGUGAAGCGCUGGAGUGUCUUAGAAGAAUAUAAAGAUCAAGUUCGAUGGUGA